AGGGACAAUUAUUAUGCAAGGCACUGUGUAUCCGGAAUCCGACACUUCCGAUUGGCUCGUUUUGACAAACAGCGACAGGUGUGUUGACAAGCUCUUGACACUGAAAACAAUAGAAAAGCCCGCUCAGUGCUGGGAAAGCCAAUCAAAUGACGAUUUGUGACAAGGGUGGUGGUGCGAGUUUGUGUGAAACAGAGCAUAGAGUUCCUUUGAGACAUCUGCCGCGGCUUGGGCGAAAACAUCCAGAUUAGUUCCUCUUUAUCUUCAUUGAAGGUCUUUCAGCUUUGAUAUUUUUUUACAACUGAUGAUGCUUGGUAAUUUGUGAAGCGUAGAAAGCUAUAAUGGGCUGGAAUAAUGGCACGCUAGAGCAACUUUCAUUUUUAAUGAUUUUGAUGGUUUUGAUUAGUGUUUUGAGGACAACAAAGUGGAAAGGAUGUGUAGCUUCAUCAUUUUAAUAGUAACCGGGGAAGUUUGUUCAUACAACUGCGGAAUCUCUUAGCCUAUUUACUCUCGUAUUUGUUAGUGUAGGUAUGUUUGUGAUGCGGCACCGAUAAACCAAUUUGAGAACACGGUGUCAAUAUUUUUCCUUCGCCUUUUGCCGUCGGUGACAAUGACAGCGCGAGUUACAAAUUUUUUAACUUUUCAUGAAAGCCGCGUCAAGAUCGUGUGGUACCAUGCCUAUAUUUACCUUUAACUAAUAAAAAUUCUUUUUCCCCAUUAUAGGUGUGAUUUAGGCGAUGUGGAAUGACCCUUGUAAUUCCUAUGACAAGUUUGUGGUCGUUUACGAUGGAAGAUCAGUGUUUGGACGAAGACGAAACACUGCUGUCAGACGAGUGGGAAACACAAUCCGAAGAACUUAAUUUUCUUUGUAAUAACCCGGGGGAGGAAGAUAUAUAUCGGAUCAAAGAAAGAGGAAUCAAACGAAAAGAGUCAAGCAAUGUUGUCGUUGGAAGCGAAAGCACCGCUGUUUCACUUGUUGAUCAACGGCGCUUUAUGUUACAGGUCACGUUUGAAAAGUUACGUCGAUUAGAAGAUCCCGAGGCCUGUCUUAGACGUACAGUUUUGAUAAACAAUACUCUGAAAAUGCUUCACAAGCAAAUUUACGCGGAGGAAAACCCUUUUGUUUGUAGCGGAGUUGUGACUUUACACCCGCCCGAGGCUACUUGCACCAAAGAUGAAUCUUCCCCGUCAAAUCCCAAAAUGAUACGAUUAAGUUUUGACAGCAGCGUCACAGAAGACUCACGGACAAAACGUCUCGAAAAUACGACUUCUGUAGCACCUGGUGAAGACUUCUGUAGCAGUUGUAUUUCCGAAGGAUUCACGGACGAUGUGGAUGAUGAUGUGUUUGAACCGGCGGAGCAAAUUUCCUGCGAUCGAGAAUCGAUAUUUGGUGAACUCGACAAUGUAUUUCAUAGUUAUAUAUGUGCCCUGGAAACGUGAGUUGGAACAUUUUUAAAGGCUGUUUUCAAUUGCAAAUGUUUGUACUUUUGUUUAUCGUACCUUGGAUUUUAUUUAAAUUUAUAGAUCCCCAAGGUCAACAUAUAUUUAUAUAUUAUUGUACAUACAUGGCAGAUUACAAUGACCAAGUAGAUAUGGUGAUCGCUGAUGGAGAGAUAUUUUAUGUGUAAGAUUGCAAAUUAACUUAAUAUUGCUUUAUUAACUUAUUGAGAUCAAAGCUAGAGAUCAUAUUUGUGCUUCAUGUUUGUACAAAAAUUCCUUGUUAUCAGCAAACUUCGGUUCUUGCACUUGUUAAUAAGAAUUUGUUAUUAUUUUUUCCGGGAGCGCGGCGGCAAUAUCCAUACCGAGACAAAGACUAUUGAGGUCGGGUAUUUAUCUUUCAUCCGAAGGUUCGUCAAUGUUUUUCUAUCUUUGUGAUAAACAAAUAACGUAGUGAGUGUUUUCAGAUCAGUGCGUCUAAAAUCUUAGCUGUAACCUUAUGUCGUGGACAUAUUCAGCAAGCUUCGCGUUGAUGUGUCUUUGAAGUUAUACUUUUUGGAUAUUGAAGAAACGCGUAUUUGAAGAUAUAAAAUCUCAGACUUGCCAACAUCAAAACGGCUUUAUUUUGUAAUCCUUUUACUACCACUAGCAGGCUACAAUUUUUGAGUCAAUGCCAUGAAAUGGCUGUUUGAUUUCUUUUAAAUGUAUACUUUUGACAAAAAAGAGCAGUUUUGCAAAAAGUCUUCAAGAAUACAACUGCAAUACGUAGUAAAUAUUAUUGCUAAAUUAGAUUAGACUCUGGUUGUCCCUGUAAUCCCUAACUAAGGAAUUUAUAUAAAAAAAAGCGUAGAGGGGUCAACUGCCAUUGGUUUGGGACGUUAAGACAAUAGUUUUAGCUCUCGUGGUAUUCUAAGCAUUCAACAGUUCCCGUGAAAUGAACAAGUGCUUAAACACAGGUUGACAAAGGUGAGAAAAUUGUGCCUAGUUGUCUCUAAAAUACUUAAGUGCAGUGUUCAAGCUUUUGUUUAUCUGGUCAGACUUAAAAUCUGGAAUAUACUGCAAGAAAUCUUAAAUCCUUUCGUGGCAGUUUUGAGUAACAAUAAUACUGUUAAUUAUUAUUAUCUUGAGGCUAACUUUUCAACAUACUGACCUAUUGACUAGUGACAUGUCACAUUUUUAUCAGUCAAAACAAGUUUUAACCAGCUAGGUUUUCUACUAGAUUCUUUUUUUUUUUUUUUUUUUUUGACAAAGUGUUUUUUGCAUGCCUCACUACAGCUCACCAGAUUCUAAAAGCUGUUGGCAUUUUGGAGAGGUUAAUUAAUGAAAUAGAUAUAGGAAAUAUCUACCUUUUGAUGUCAUUCCCACUUUAAGCUUUGCACAGGCAUGUUUUUUGAGGUUGAUUUUCACCAAAUGCUGUAGGAAUGGCUGUUUUUCAUUAAUGAUGCAUUUUGCCAGUAAGGCAGACAUUUAAUUUGUGAAUCAAGUGUAGCUCAUAAUGCAAAUCUGUCCAGGCUCCAUUCAAGAGCACUUUUUCACCAAAUGCUGUAGGAAUGGCUGUUUUUCAUUAAUGAUGCAUUUUGCCAGUAAGGCAGACAUUUAAUUUGUGAAUCGAGUGUAGCUCAUAAUGCAAAUCUGUCCAGGCUCCAUUCAAGAGCACUGAUUGGUAAACUAGCCCUUAACUUAUGUGUGAUUUGCGUUUGCCCAAGAUCAGUCAACGUGGUACAUGUUUUGUCACACAUUUAUCAAAACUUGGUAAUCUUGAGAAAAGAAAACUAAAACUGCAUAAUUUUGCCUGCACCUUAAGUGUAGUCUUAAAUAACUGUGUACUUUGUAAAGAAAGAACUUUGAACACAGGUACCAAACCAAGACUGUGAGGUUUUGCCUCCUGCUAGUCAACUUAGACAGGUAUUUGCAAUCAGUGAGGAUGCCGACAUCCUCUGUUAGACUGUGUAAGGAUUGACUGAUCCCUUUAGAUACGUUGCUAAGUGACACAAGGAAUUCUCACUGCACCAUACUGGUGUGACUGCUUGUAGGGAACUUUAAAGUGUUAGAGCUAUUUUUUUUUAUUGUCAUGUCACAUAUAGUCUGGGGUGUGAAUAUCUAUAAAGGAAAAAAAAAACUCUAUGAAAAAUAUUUACCAUAUUUUCGUGUAAAUAUUAGUGCUGAAAACAAAGCUGUGGUUUGUAAUUCUAUAGGCUAAAGAUAUAAUAUUUAUGCAACGCCUAUUGGUGUUAUGGGAUUUGUAUAUUAAUGUAUUAUAUGUUUGGUAUGUCAUUUAAUUAUGUAAAGCUUUGAUCUCAGCUUGUGAAGUGAAAACAUAACUUAUUAUUUGUAGACCUACAUGUUAUGAAAAUCUAUCUGGGCCAUGUCAAACAAAGCUGGAACAGCUGAAGAAUUACAGUAAUUUAUGACUGGACAUUUUGCAAUGAAAUUAUUUGAAAAAAUUAAAGUAGGGUGAAGAAAAUUAAAUUCACAAGUAAAUAUAAUUUAUUUGUCAUGUCAGACAUAAAAUCGUGGCCAAAGAUGUUAUUUUGAUUUGGGAACAUAAUAAAGAUUUCAUGUGUAUCGUUCUUAUUUUGUUUUCAAAAAAUGAUUGCCUGUGAAUUAAGAAAUUACUAUUCUUCUUACUGAUCUAUUUUUAAAGAAAAAUAUUUAUUUGGCAUUCCUCAUUUUCACUGUUCAUUUAAUUUAACAGCUACUGAAACAGUACUUUGUUAUGCUGAUUAAUAUUAAUAAUUAUACUUCAAGGUUUCGUUUAUUAUACUUCAAGGUUUCGUUCAUAUGCAGCCCAUUGGUUAAAGGUGAUGUUACUCAGGGCGAUUUUAGUGCAGAUUUUUAAUGCUAAUUUUUAUUCCAUGUUACAUGGGACAAAUUCUAAAUUAAUGGCACUUUGUUGCAGCAACGGUUGGCAACAGUAUGCUACACAAGACACUUUUUAACACAACAUUGUAAAUUUGGCUGACAUUGUUGCAGGUCUUUGAAUUGUCAAAAACCUGCAACAAGCUGACACAAUAAAAUGUUGUGUUAAAGUUUCCAUGUGUACCAUGUUACGUGAUAUCAACUUUUCACUCAACAAUGUCACACUAAAAAUCGGCUUGUGUAACAUCACUUUAAAGGAACACACCUUGAAAAUGUUUCACAUUUGUCAGUUACAGUCCAUCUCAGUCUUUCUCAUUUGCAUCCACCCUUUUUGUAAUAAUUUGGUAAACUGUCAUUGUUGAGGUUUCCCUUCAUUUGAAGGCAGUUUUAUACUUAAGAAAAUGUAACUGGUGACAUAUUCCCUUUAACCAAAGGAAGUAAUUUCCACGCUCUGGUCAUUUUGUAAUUUUUUGUCAACAGAGCAAUUUUCAUUUGAGUGUUGUAAACGAAAACCAAAAUAGUUCCAUCACUUUUAUAAAGCCAAUCACUUUUUGCAGUGAUACAAAACCACAGGAAAUAUGCAAAUUACCUUCAACACUCAGUGAAAACUGUUCUUAGGGUAUUAUUAAUAUCAUUUUGUUAUAAUUAAACAUAUAUUACGUAAUUAACCAGACAGGCCUCUUGUAAAUUGACCAAGAUUAUAGGUGUCCAAUUAGAGCACAUAAGAUAUAAUUUAGAACAAAUUAUUUGCAUACAAAUCAAUUAACUUUUGAAGAUGUUUGAAACUCUAAUGGCCUAAUUGUUAUAGUGAAUGAUUAAUUAUUCUAGAGAUUUCUACUACAUACUUCUUACAUACAUUUGUAAGUAAAAACUGAUGAAAAUAUAUGGACUUAAUAAAAGAUUCCAUUCAAACUGCU